CAGGUGUCGUGUCCUGAACUCAACGACUCCAAGUGGAUCGCCCUUUGUAUCUACAACGUCGUUGUGCUCAGUCCGGUGGGUGUGGUGGUCGUCAUGGCGACGGAGGACAAACCGGAAAUCAACUACGCCCUCGAGUCCAGCAUGAUCCUGCUGGUCACC